AUGAGGAGGAGACUAUCUUCGUUCUUGGAGAGGAUCCCGCCGGUGCGUUCGUCGUCCGCGGCGGCGUUCCGGCGAACAAUGUGGAUGCCGGCGGUGAAGCGGCUGCGGGGAUGGUCUCUGAGGAGGCGGUGGGAGUGGGGGAGGAGAUGGGUCCUCUCCCGAAGAGUCCACUUCGCUGGAGACCUGGAGACGAACGAGGAGGAGGCGGCGGCGCUGGGCGGCCGCGGCGCUGGGACAUGGCAGCGUCUCCUCUACAGGCUCCACCGCCACCUCCGCCGGCCCUCCGGCGGGAAGGGCUUCCGGUACGAUUUCUUCAGCUACGCCCAGAACUUCGACGAUGGCGUUCGCGUUGAAGAGUGA